AUACCACCAAAUCCAUAGAAAUUGUAUGGAAAUCCAUACAACCGUCCAUAAUACAUGAAAUAGUGCAAUAGACAAACCCGGAAUGUUCACGAAAAUAGAAAAUUUGGAAAUAACAUCAAAAUAAUUGAGAAACCGCAAUGGCGGACAAGGACGAAGAUGAUAAUGCCGAGACAGCAGGCAAGACCCGUUUCCCUGUCCUGCCCUCCCUAAUCUCCCUCCAACAGAUGAGGAAUCGCCUACUAACAGCGCAGAGUGGCAGACGACUCAUGCAGUGGAGCGCCUUGGCUACGGGCGCUGAGCUGCGCAAGAUCGCCAAGGAACUGGCCGUGCAAUACGCGGCGUUCUCCGAGCAAGUGGCCGACGCGUUCAUCGUGCUGGCUAGGUGUCGCUACUUCUUUCCAAACAUGAACAGAAUGGUCAUCGAGAAUUUUCCCAAAAUUGCGUGCGUGACUGUUGGCAGGACCACCAAGAGUAUAGCUGGCUGCAGGAUAGCUUUAUUUGCGAUCGAAGAUAACUGCCCCGACUCGUAUCCCCUUCUCGGCAUCGGGCAGGGCGGCGAACUAGUAGCCGAAGCCAAGAAGACUUGGCACGAACUCCUGCGCAAGAUGAUCUACAUCGAGCAGCUGCGGUCCAACUACAGGAGCUUGGAGGAAUCGCAUGACGCGACUAACAAGAUGCCGAUUGAAGAGUUUGGACAUACAAACAAUUUAAGAGAACUUAUUUGAAUUUCGC